GAGGUGCACCUGUUCUCGCCAUCAUUUCAACGAUUCAAACGGGCUUUGGUUAGCGUACUACGUGAGCAAACGAUUCACCGCCACUUGGCGGCACUGUGGCCAGAACGUCAGAAUAAUCACACCCAACCGAGCUAAAUGACGAGGUAGAAUGUCAUAUCAGAACGCCACAUCCGCUGACCGCUGCCGGUGCCUGCAACGUAAACAAGCUUUAAGGGUAAUCUGCAUUUACCAGGGACAUCACCCCCAUGUUGCGUGUUAUCGUGAGGUCCCUGUGUACGCGGUGCCAAGCCCUUCCACACCCCUCUCUCCUGAGCAGGCCCUGUUCCACCUCUGGCUCGCUGGAGAACACAGAGACGGUGGACGCCCUCUAUGACCUGUCCGUGGACAUCCAGAAGAUCCGCCAGCUCAAGGGCUGGGUGCUUCUCCAGAGCCCGGCCUACGUCAGCCAGACCGCCCAGCUGCUGAGGGACCUGGGGGCGGAUGGGCCCAAGGUGGCCCGGGUCCUUGAGCUGUUCCCCGAGGCUGUGCUCUGCAGCCCGGAUGAGAUGCUGGCCCAGCGAGAGCUCUGGAGCUCUGUCUGCCCCAACCCCAAGGAGCUGGUGGGCAUCAUCGAGAAGUUCCCCGCCUCCUUCUUCACCUCCUCCUGCCACCACAGCAACCAGCGGGAGAACAUCGCCUUCUUCCGGAGCCUGCAGCUGAACAGGCGCGUGGUCGCCAAGCUGAUGGCCAGUGCUCCGCAGAGCUUCAGCCGGCCGGUGCAGCAGAACCAGGUGAUGGUGAAGACUCUGCAGGAAGCGUAUCUGGAGCUGGGCGGAGAGGAGGCCAACAUGAGGGUCUGGCUUCAGAAGCUGCUGAGCCAGAACCCCUUCGUGCUCCUCAAGCCCCCUGAGGUGCUGAGGGAGAACCUGCUGUUCCUCAGCGCCCGCGGCUUCUCUGCAACCCAGCUCCUCCGCCUGCUCUCCAAGCUCCGGGGCUUCGUCACCGAACUCAACCCCCACAGCAUGCGCCUCUCCCUGGCCUACUCUCAGGACACGCUGGCCUGCUCCGACUCUGACCUUCGGGACAUCGUCCUCCGCUGCCCGGCUCUGCUCUACUUCCCCGAAGCCGUCCUGGAGGAGAGGAUCCAGGGGCUGCUCGGCGCCGGGGUCAGCCUGGCCCAGAUCAUACAGACCCCCUCGGUGCUGGAGCUGACCCCCCAGAUCGUCAGCUACCGCUUCCAGAGACUGAAGGCUCGCGGCUACAGCGUGGGGACAGGCAGCCUGGAGGUUCUCAACGGCACCAAGAAAGACUUUGAGGCGAGCUACAGCAAGCUGCAGCUGCGCAGGGACAGGCCCCUCUUCAACCCUGUGGCUCCCCUGGCUGGAGACGACUGAAGCCAGCGUGAACGUGGGAACUCUGAUGAGGUUGAUUUAUUGGUAAUGGAUGGAAAGUGGAUUUGAAAGGGACCGAGACCUCAAACUAGUACAGUACUACAGUGGUGCUAGUUAUGCCGAUAACACAGUGAACAAACGAACCUUCAUUAACUCUGUGGAAUAUAUGGGGUUUCCUAUGUGCUCAUCUUAAUCACAAUCAGUUGGUUCAGCUAGCGCCUGGUUAAUAUCCUGUCUUAUUAUUCAUAGGUCUGUGUUCCUCCUGUAGCCUACUGUGUUCUGAUGAUGUCACAGUUCUGUGAUGUAGGUUCCACCUGCCUAUAAUAACAAACACCUGUUGACUGUUUGUUAUCUUUGUUUCUCUCUGUUCACUAUAAACACAGUCCUCUGACCUUCAUUGCCUCAGAGAGACUUUGGUAGUA